AUGGCCUUGCAUGAUCACAAUUAUGUAAUUCCAGCCAAUCAUGCAGAAGAAGAAAAAGUUGGUGUCUCAAACAUCCACUUGCAAGAUCACACCUAUGUCCAACAAUUGCCUAUAGCUCAAAUUCAGCCACAACAGGAAGCAGAUAGAUCAAUACAAAAUAAAGAGUAUGAAAAAAAACCAGUACAACAAGAAGAAAAAGAACCGGUACAUCAAGAAGAACAAAGAGAACCGGACAUGAAAAAUCAGCACAUAAAGAUGAAAAAGAACUAG